AUGGUCGGCGCUACGGCUGGAGGAAUCUCGACGUUUAACAUCCAGCAUGGGUAUGUGGAGGCGCUUGUGCGUGGCUUUCGCUUGGGCUUCUUAGAUGACGUGGACUACCAUCAUCUUACGCAGUGCGAGAGCCUCGAAGAUGUAAAGCUGAACUUGCAGGAGACAGACUAUGACCAGUUCCUAGCAGACGAGACAUUGGGGACUAUCUCGCCCAGUUUGAUCCAGGGCGGCACGACCAACAAACUUGUGGACGAGUUCAACUUUCUACGUGCACAGGCGAUGGAGCCGCUGGGCAAGUUCCUCGACUUUAUCACGUACGAAUACAUGAUUGACAACGUGAUCCUCCUACUCAAAGGUACUCUCAACGGUCGCGACGUGAACGAACUCAUUGGACAGCUCCACCCACUUGGGAAGUUUGACGAGUCCAUCAUGCGCAGCAUGUGCUCGUUCGAGCCGAACGCCAAGGGCUACUCGGACUUGUACGAGACCGUAUUGAUCGAUACCCCCAUCGGAUCAUACUUUAGCCAGUUCCUGGAAGAAAGUGCCGGUGGCGACCGCAUGGACGGCACGUCGGACGUGCGCAACGUCCUGGAGGAGGUGCAGAUGGAACUUAUCAAGAAUAGCAUGCUGAAGUUGUGGCUUGAAGAUUAUUACAAUUUCUGCCAGGAGAUUGGUGGUGACACGGCUGUCAUCAUGGGCGAGAUUCUCAAAGCUCGUGCCGACCGCAUCGCCAUCAAUAUCACGCUGAACUCAUUCGGCACGCCGUUGAACGAGCCUGCGAUGCGAAUUUCAGACCGCAAGCCGCUGUAUCCAUCCAUCGGCACGCUCUAUCCGGACACGACGGCAGUGUUAGCAGAAGCUGGCGAUGAAUCUGCGCUUGGCUCGGCACUGGACUCGUUUCCAGUGUACCGCAAGAUCUGGGAGGUGCAUCAGGGCGAAGGCGUCGAUAGCAAGUCGAUCGACGACGCGUUCUACGAGCGUGACGUCCAGAUGGCUGAACUCGCGUUCCAGAGCCAAAUGCACUUUGCCUGCUUCUAUGCGUACAUCAAGCUGAAAGAGCAGGAGGUGCGCAAUCUGGUGUGGAUCUCCGAGUGCAUCGUACAGAACCAGCGCGACGCCAUCAACAACUUUAUCCCGAUUUUCAGCGACACUGCGCCGUGGCGUGGCAAAGGCUCGAGCAAGCAUUAA